CGAAACUACCCCUGUGCCUGUACUGUUUAGUUAACAAAACUAAACAUUCUGCCUUCGGCGUACGGGUACGACGAAGCGAACCAUGUCAGCGACAUCUCCCCCGUACAGGGCAAUCUUCGCCUUUCUCCUUGCGACAGCCGUUAUUUUUCUGGUAUCAUCGGACUCCGGUGAACUUCUCAAGUUCAGGGAAGCUCCGGCAUUUCGAAACGGCUGGGAAUGUUUCGAAACGUCAUGGUCGACUUCCGACAAACGAGUUCACAACCCUUCCAUCAUCCAUAUAGCCAUGACUCUCGAUACCGCUUACCUCCGCGGCUCCGUGGCCGCCGUCUUCUCCGUUCUUCGACACGCGUCUUGCCCAGAGAAUGUGGUUUUCCACUUUAUCAGCGCGUCGCACAUCCAGUCCGAGCUCUACAGUAUAAUCUCCGCCACCUUUCCGUAUCUGGACUUCUACUUAUACCGCUUUGACUCCAGCGUCGUCAGGGGAAAGAUCUCGAAUUCCGUUCGCCGAGCGCUCGACCAGCCUCUCAAUUACGCAAGGAUGUACCUGGCCGAUCUCUUGCCGGCCGGCGUCCGCCGCAUUAUCUACUUCGAUUCCGAUCUGAUCCUGGUGGACGACGUGGCGAAGCUCUGGAAUAUCAAUUUGGGAGCGCACGUUUUGGGCGCGCCCGAGUAUUGUCAUGCCAAUUUCACCAACUACUUCACGCCCAAGUUCUGGUCAACCCCAGUCUAUGCGGCGGCGUUUCGUGCCCGGAAACCCUGCUAUUUCAACACGGGGGUGAUGGUAAUAGAUCUGUGGAAAUGGAGGGAGGGUAGGUAUACGAAGAGGCUAGAGACGUGGAUGAGGAUUCAGAAAAGUCACCGAAUCUACGACCUCGGUUCUCUGCCGCCGUUCUUGCUGGUGUUCGCCGGAAACGUUGAGAGGGUGGAUCAUAGGUGGAAUCAGCAUGGGCUGGGCGGUGACAAUCUCAAAGGUUUAUGCAGAGAUCUUCAUCCGGGACCUGUGAGCCUGCUUCACUGGAGUGGGAAGGGGAAGCCAUGGCUGAGACUCGACGCGAAAAGGCCAUGCCCUUUGGAUAGCUUGUGGAUCCCAUAUGACCUGUUUCACCACUCUUCGUUGUUCUCUGAUGGCUAGAGGUUCAUCGUCGGCUAUAGAAAACAGGGAGGGCAAAGAGAAGAAACCUGACAGAACUGGCAAGGUUAUAUUGACUUACAACCACGUCAAAUGGGAGAAUGUGAUGAUUUUGGAAGAUGCGAUGAUUGUUUUUGGUUGCAUGGGGUGUAUAGUGAUGGAUGACAAGAGGAGAACGCGGUGUUCUGAAUUCACCGAAGAAAGCUGAUGCCAGGGAAUUUGAAGGGCGACUUUGAAUAGUCUCCAUUUGCCCAUUUGAAAAGAGAAUAUCUCAAGAGAUUAUGAUUAUGCUAAUUCGAUUUUCAGUCUAUCUUUUUGAAGAUCGAGGCGUUCUGAUGGGCAUGCCACCCUAGCACAUCUGAUGCUAGCUGAGUGAAGGCUUUCUAUCUGAUGCUGGUAGUCUCUCUAGUCAGCCUGAGUGCAACAUGAUAAGUUGUUCAUUUUGUUAGUAUUUACUACGUUUUCUUUCCUCUGGAGUGUCUGACUUGGCCCACUGCUAACAGGGAAGAAAGAAAAACUGGAUAUGUCGUCUUCUGCAACAGAAAGACAGAGAGAGGAUUUUUGUUGGGUGACAAAUAGUCCAUAUUCACUUUUUAAACAGUGACUUUCCACCGGCAUGUUGAUAUUCUGCUAAAUAACUGUUGUGACAUGUAUGAAAAGAUGAUUAAUCUCAAUGUUAAGAGAUUAGCCUAUUAAAUGGGGGAGCCAAUUGUUGUGGUUCUAUCUCAAGAGUUAUCCAAUGUCAAAUUAAAACCUUCUUCAAACUGGAAAUAAUGAUUCAGGGUGAGGUGCAGGAGUUGAGUAAAGAAUUGGGAAGAGAAAAUUGAACAGGUCCAACAACGAUGAGGCGUCUCCAAUCUGCAAUGUGCUUGACGGAUGAUAGGUUU